AGGAACUAAGACUGUUUACUUCAGGUGUGGCAGAGACAGCUGAGGUUUCCCGUCCACCAUUUUUCGCCUGCAUUUAACGACUCCCGGGCCUGAGGUGGGGCUGCUGCUGUGAUAAUGACCAUGGGAGACCACGCACCUAACGCACCCGUGGCCUCGCUCGUCUAUCCGGUGCUUAUUCGCCCUAUAUUGGGACAGAUUGAGAGAGAGAAUGUAGCAUCGAGCCAGACCCUCCGCGCUGCCCUGAGUCGAGUGGAGGCAGCCUACCCUGGCUUCACCUAUGAGCUGGUGAUGGGGCUGGUUCGCAAGGCUGACCUCUCCGUUAAUAUGAAUGAGUCGGUUCUGAGGCUCCAGGGCUCCGUCAAUGAGGCCGAUUCCAGCGACUACCGGGUGACACGCACUGAGGACGCUUUCCAGGAGCUGAACCGGAAGAGUGCCAACCUGAAGCGUAUCCUCUCUCGCAUUCCGGACGAGAUUACCGACCGCAAGACCUUCCUGGAGACUAUCAAGGAGAUAGCAAGCGCCAUUAAGAAGCUUUUGGACGCAGUGACAGAAGUAUCCCAGUUCAUCCCAGGCAUGCAAGGAAAACAAGCCCUGGAGCAUCGCAAGAGGGAUUUUGUGAAGCAUAGCAAGAAAUUUAGCAACACACUCAAGGAAUACUUCAAAGAGGGCCAGGCUAAUGCAGUGUUUGUGAGUGCCACCUUCCUUAUCCACCAGACCAACCUUAUCAUGCUCACAGUGAAGGACAAGUGUGAGUGAAGGAGCUGCCCACACACCGCCAGAGAGAGAGAGAGAGGGGGGUGGUACAAGUGAGAGAGUAUGUGAGGAGAGCAAGAGUGUAAAUGUGAGUGAGAGAGAGAGAGUGUGUGUGUGUG